GUUUUUCUAACGGAGGUUAAGAUCUGACCUUUGCAACAUGGCGACGUCCAUGGCAAGUUUACAGAUAUGUCGAAUUGGCUCAAAGCAUGUCGUAUUCGGGGUAUUUAUUCAACAAAAAAUAUUCAAACCACCAAUAAUCUCACAUACACGAUGUUUUAUGUCUAGUUUCGGUGUGUCUACAUCAUUAAGGAAACUUCCCGAAAAUUACGACGCAUUUCAGGGCAAGAGCUUUAGAAAUGUUUCAACUUUGCAGUCAGGAUUUGCCGUGUCCUCAGAUUUAAAAACACAGAGAAGCCAGUAUGAGGACAAAGGUGCGUUUCUCACGUUGCUGUCUCCAUCUACAUUUUCUGUGAGACAUUAUGGCCGUCGGGUGAGGACCAAACCUCCGAAGAUUUCUCAUUUUGGAUACUCAGGUGACCUUCGCACUUUACCAGAAUUAGCUGACGAGACCAGGUUGUAUCAGUAUAAAGACUUGGAAAGUGAAGUGGAACAAGAUGAGGUUCUUAAAAGGCUGACCAGCUUUGAGUUUGCAUCAGGGCCGGACAAAAUUGCCCACAAACAGGAACUUAUUCUGGAUCGGAUCAUUGAGCUGUUUGGGUCUGACAGUGAGCUGGAGCAGACAAUUGCCUUAAAGACGCUAUCAAUCAGGCAAAUGAUUCCAAUGUGUAUAAAACACAGAACGAACAAAGUCGCAAAGAUUAUCCUGCUCAAGAAUAUUUUCGGUCGCCGCAAGAUGCUGACAGAGCUGAGGCAAAUGGACCAUGAGCGUUUUGAGUGGCUUCUGAGAGAGCUGAAGAUUCGCUACGUGAUCCCACGGGACCGAGAGGAGUACAAGGGCUGGAAACACAACCUGCGGGUCUCCACUCAGCAGAGGGCACUUACCAAACAGAGGAGGAAGCUGGAGAAGCUGAAGACUCAAUUUGAGGAAGAAAAACAAGCAUUCUAUGAACACAAGGCAAAAGUUUUGGCUGAGAUUGAUAAAGAUUUAGAGAGUUAUGGACUCACUAGAGACUUUCUUGAGGAGCUGUUGGUGAAGGAAAAGGAGACGAAGAAGCCACACAAGAUCCUGAACUGGGAAGAGCGAGUGCGUCUGGGCAUGACAGACAAAAUUACCGAGGAUUAUUAUGGAUGAAAUUUUUUAAAAUUAUGUUAUCUGUAUAUCACAUAGUAAACGGUGAGAAAGUUGGAUGCUUAGGGAAGAUGUUAGCAUUGACAAUUUAGAAUGGAUUUAUUUUUUAUAUCAUACAUCUUCCUGAAGGUUCGAGGCUCUCUGAGGACUGAAAUAUUUUCUGUAAUACUAAUUAGUAGUGGUACAGUGUUUUCUCUUCUUCUGUGUGCUUUAGUAAGAUCAUAAAGUACUGGAAAGGGUUAAGUACUGAGUCCUGAUAUAUGUAGUCAUGUAAAAGACAAAUGUAUUUUGCACAUUAGCCACGAUUCAAGAGAACUGGCCUUUGUAAAUGAAUAAAUCUUGUUUUCAGUGGCUACACUUACAGUAGAGUUGAAGAUAAAAAGUUAUGUGAUAUUUGCUGUUUGAAAACUUGAUGUGAGAAUUGUGUGCAGUGGGAAUACAGGUAUUUGUCUGAAUAUUGAUUUGGCAGUAUGCAGUUGUGACACUGUUGUGUGAAUUUUUAUACAUUUGUGAAGUAAAUAUUUCAUGGUGCUCCAUGCUUUAGUUAAUGCGUGAAUGAAGGAAACAAUGUAAAUUUGUGAAUUGGCUGUUGAUUGGGGAAUGUUUGAAGUUGAAGUUCAUUUAGUUUUGACAAUAGAUGACCAAGACGGAAAAAAAUGUGAAUAUUGAGAGAAAACACUCGUAUGAUGAAUACUUGUUUAAAAUCUAAUGGAUGUUUGAGAGUCAUUUUGCAAUUUUGAGGCUUUUCAACUGAGUAUCGAAUGCUUUUUUAUAGUAGCCAUUGCACUCGUAUUUUUUUGAAAGAUUAUUAUUAACUUUGAAUCUUGAAUGACUUGGUUUUACAAUGAUUCAACAAAUAAAAACGAAUUAGUUUGAA